AUGGGCUUCGGCUUAUGUAAUGCCCCAGCCACGUUCUCUCGAGCAAUGAAUCUCAUCCUCAGGGGGUUGAACUGGGAUAUCGCUUUAGCCUUCUUGGAUGAUGUUGUAGUGCUCGGCACCUCUUUCUCUGAUCACGUCACUAACAUCAGACAGGUGUUGGAACGAUUUAGGGACUUUAAGCUUAAGUUGAAGCCAAAGAAAUGUUCCUUCUUCCAACGUCGGGUAGAGUUUCUUGGUAGAGAGGUUGAUGGGAAUGGUCUCCACCUUAAGGAAGAGCAUGUUCAAGCCGUAGUGGACUGGCCCACCCCUAAGUCCACAAAGGAGGUGGAACGGCUCCUCGGACUUGUAAAUUAUCACCGUGUCUUCCUUAAAGACUAUGCCCAGGUUGUAGGGCCACUCUAUGGCCUCACUGGGAACAAUGACUUCCGCUGGGAGGACCUGCAUCAAGUGGCUUUUGAGGAAGUCAAGAGGCUCAUGACCACCGCCCCUAUCCUCGCACUACCCAACUCCACGGAUCCGUUCAUUCUGGAUACCGAUGCGUCUGGCACAGCUAUUGGGGCUGUUUUAACCCAAGUCCAACAGGGGCAAGAGCGAACUAUUGCAUAUGGCAGUUUUUCCCUGACCCCUGAACAACGACGCUAUUGUGUAACCAGGCGUGAGCUGUUGGCAGUGGUACGGUUUACCCGCCAGUAUAGGCAUUACCUCCUCGGAAAGCCUUUUACAGUUCGCACGGACCAUGGGAGUCUGACAUGGUUAAUGAACUUUAGGGAGCCUCAAGGGCAGCUUGCCCGGUGGCUCGAAGAACUGGGCCAAUAUGACAUGGCAGUUGAACACCGCCCUGGCAAGAAACAUCAGAAUGCAGAUGCAUUGUCUCGUAUACCCGACGGCGACUUUACAUGUGAGAACUACCGUCUGGGUAUUGACCCCAAGAGUUUGCCCUGUGGUGGUUGUGCAUACUGCCUGAAGGCCCACACAAACUGGGCACACUUCACUGAUGCUGUGGACAAUGUGAUCCAAUUGGCACAAAGGAGUAAAGUUUCAGAAGUUACCCUUGACCCCGGAGAAUCGGAGGACCUCUUUAUCACUCACCUGGAUAUUGGUCCAAUCGACGGUCCAUUCUCUUUUAGGGUCAACGGGGUAACCCAUGAUGCCGGGUCUGGUAUCGACCUCACCUCAAUGGACUUUCUUCGGAAAGAACAAGAGGCUGAUGGUCAACUGACCCCCUUGCGCAAAUGGCUGCUCGAUAAAGAGGAACCAGACGAGGGAACUGUUCUUCUGUGGGACCCCGCUGGAAAGUUCCUAUGGGUCAACCGAGAGCUGUUUGUGCAUAAGGAUGGUGUCAUUUGGCGUAAAGGCGAUGACAAUCUCCUACUUGUAGUGCCCAAGUCUUUGCGUACUGAAGUGAUCAAGCUAAAUCAUGAUCCUCCUUCAGCAGCUCAUGCUGGUGUGAACCGUACUAAAGGUAAACUUCGGUCCAAAUACUACUGGUAUGGUAUGUCGGGCGACAUCCAAGAGUAUAUUCGGAGAUGUGCCGUCUGUAAUAAAAAUAAGAAAGCCGUGAGGUAUGGGAAACACCCCAUGAUAACUUAUCAUGCGGGGGCCCCGAUGGAACGUGUACACCUCGAUUUCAUGGGUCCUUUACCCAAAACCUCACGAGGUAACGUGUACAUCUUGAUGAUGGUGGACCAGUUCACCAAGUGGGUUGAGUGUGUCCCACUGCCCUCUCAGACAGCGGAAGUAACCGCUCAGGCAGCCAUUAGCGAGUUCUUUUGCCGCUUUGGCUAUCCAUUCCAGAUUUUUACUGAUCAGGGCAGAAAUUUUGAGAGCAGGUUAUUCACGAACAUCUGUAAACUGCUCCAUAUACAUAAGGCUAGGACUACCCCGUACCGACCUUCCGCAAACGGCCAGGUUGAACGUUUCAACCGAACCUUAAUGGAUGCGGUAAGGUGCUACAUUGGGAAGUCCCAGACUCAUUGGGACCACAACCUCGCCCAGAUCGCUGGAGCGAUUCGUUCCACGAUCAACCGUAGUACGGGAUUCACGCCCAAUCAAUUGAUGCUGGGGCGUGAAACUAAUCAACCAGCGGAGCUGAUUUUUCCACUUCCCCCAUUCGUCUCUGACCGACCUCUGGAUGAAUAUUCAUCUCAGUUAUCCCAGAGCAUCCGAGAGGCGCACGAUGCUGCGAGAGCCACCCUCCGGAAUACACAGCGACGGUUGAAGCGGGAUUACGACAUAAAGGUAUACUUGCGGCAAUUUAAAGAAGGGGACCGAGUAUACCUUCUCGCCAAGGCGACCCCCAAGGGAAAAUGCAAGAAGCUGCAAUCUCCCUGGAAGGGUCCGGCUAUUAUUAUUUUUUUUUUUAUCGUGAAGCGAUAUACCCCUUAUGUAUACCGGGUGAUCUAUCGGAACAAGGCCCUGACUGUAAACCAUGACCAGCUCAAAAGGUGCCUUGACGAGGCCAAGCCCUCAGGCCCUGACUGGAGGAAGGAAAGGUAUUGCUACUGUAGAACCCCCGACGAUGGAUCGUUCAUGAUUCAAUGUGAUGGGUGCGAUGAGUGGUUCCAUGGUGCAUGUGUUGGUGUUACCCAUGCGGAAGGAAUGUCUAUUGACAAGUAUUUUUGUCCUUUUUGUAGCUGUGGGUAA